CGGAAAAAGCUCUUGCGCGCUUCCAACGCGACUCGGGCGGGCAAUUUGAGCGGACUGCUGUUGGCGUGUCAGCCGUGUUGUGAUACUUCUGUGUCGAUUCGGAAAUAAAUCCAAAAGUAAUCGGUGAUUUCUCCGGAAAGAGGUCGGUAUGAACGAGGGGGUGUCGGACAACAUAAUGGCGGAUUCUAGUAACCUUAACGGCUCUCUGCGAAGACGGUCAGCGCGGUUGAGUUCUCCUCCACAAGCUAACGUUAAAGCUGGCAACAAAAUGGCGGUGGCAUCUGUUGCUGUUAAACGCUCCAUCACGGUGAGAAAAAUAGCCCCCAGAAAAACUGUAGCACCGUCGGAGCACAACAAGGAGAACACGCCGAGGCGGUCGGGGUCAGAGGACAGCCACAAGAAGCAGAAGGUCUCCACCCCUGGUCCUGUCCCGGGCCGUGGAGGCUCCUCCUCGGCUAAGAAGAAGAAGAAGGCCACAAUGCCCUCACCGAUCCUCCCCUCGACACCUCCGCCGGCCUCUCUUGCUCAGCAGCCGGCAGUGGAUCCAGCGGACGCGGUGUGGUCCCAGAAGGUGCGCCGGUCCUACAGCAGGCUCAGCGACAGAUCCCUCAACAGCCCCGACUCCAGAGACAACUUGUUCGGCUUUGACAAGCUGAACACCCCCGAGGUGGGCCGAAGAGUCAGGCAGUCCAAGACAGCCCUGGAGGUCUCUGGGUCCCUGUCUGGUCUGAACUCAUUCACGACUUUGCUUGAGGCAGAAGACGGCGGUUCAGCUUCGCCCGAGCCGGACACAAACAUCCCCGGAGUGGCUGUGGUGAAGGAGAAGAGGAGGAGGAGGAAGGUCCAGCAGAUAGACGACACAGAGCUGGACGCCAUGGCCGCCAAGAUGAACGCUGAGUUUGACGAGGCUGAGGUGUUCGAGCUGGUGGUGGAGUGAAUAUUAUGAUUCACAGACAUUAUAAGACUGAAGGGGAAUCUCUCCCAGCAUGUUGUUUUUGUCACUGACAUGCUGAAACACACUGACUCUGAGUGGACAACACUUUUAUGUGCGCUUCAUACUCGAAACUUCCAAGUUUUUGUAUAAUUCCAGCUCUAAAUAUUGUACAUUUUCAUCUUUUAUGUGUUUUGUUGUGCAUUUAAAUGCUCUUAAAGUGGUUGUUUAGGUCAUUAUGUGAUGGCAUAAAUGCAUAAUAUCACAUUAGUUUUGAUUAUGACCAGUAGUUGGUUGAGUAUAAACCUAAAGCAUGUUCUUGAAUCUGUUUUUAAUGGAACAUUUAUACAGAUCCUGUUCCCUGUGAUCAUUAACCUUUUUAUAUUUGGGAUAUUUGGGAAACGUCCAAAUUGCCAAAAGUGUAAUGUACAAAUUUGUUGUUCAGUGACGUGACAGCUUGAUAUGGAUAAUUCUCACGUGUAUAUAAACUGGUUUGUAAACUUUGAACCAUUAUUUGCAGGAAUGGUCAGAUCUGAGAGUAAUAAUGGGGUUAUUUUUCUCUAUUGGGGGAAGUUAAGUGGACAGAAUUGGCAUUUAGUUUUUUAUCAUUGUUCAGAAUGUUUGAAUCAAAAACAAAAGCGAUGUGGGCAGAAGUUUAGAACCACACUUGAAUAAGGUUUUAUAUCCACAUCUAAUAGACAUAAAAUUUCAGAAUGACACUGUAAGAUACUUGCUUGUAAAUGUAAAUAAAUCCUCAUUUAAAUGACCAGAA